UACCAAUCUCCAGCUCACAUUUGACCCAUCUCUAAUUAAAACACAACUGGACGCAAUUUUGUUUUCCUCCGAUGGAAAAGCGUCUGAAUGCGGUUGCAACAUGGCUGCUAAUACUAAUUUAUGGGGCUAUUGUGGCUCAAGGCGAACGGACUCGCGAUAAGAUGUACGAGCCCAUAGGAGGAGCAAGCUGCUUCCGCAGAUUAAAUGGCACCCACCAGACCGGCUGCUCAUCCACUUAUUCCGGUUCCGUGGGCGUACUUCAUCUGAUAAACGUCGAGGCGGAUCUGGAAUUUCUUCUGAAUAAUCCACCAUCGCCACCAUACGCUCCUUUGAUACCACCUCACCUGUUCACACGCAGCAACCUGAUGCGCCUUAAGGAAGCUGGGCCAAAGAACAUCUCGGUGGUGCUUCUGAUCAACCGAACGGACCAGAUGAAACAGUUUUCGCACGAGCUCAACUGCCCCAAUCAGUUUAGUGGGCUGAACAGCAGCAGUGAGACCUGUGAUGCCAGCAAUCCGGCCAAGAAUUGGAAUCCCUGGGGAACUGGCCUGCUUCACGAGGACUUUUCCUUCCCCAUCUACUACAUUGCCGAUGAUGAUCAAAUCCAAAAGCUGGUGGACUGCUUCCAGAAAUUCAACAAUUUCAACUAUGAGACGCACGCCCUACGAAGCUUAUGUGCCGUCGAGGUAAAGUCCUUUAUGUCGGCAGCAGUAAACACCGAGGUGUGUAUGCGGCGCACCAACUUUAUAAACAAUCUGGGCGGCAGCAAGUACUGCGAUCCCCUCGAGGGUCGCAACGUGUACGCCACUUUGUAUCCUAGAAAACCAGCAGUUGAAAAUGGUCUUACAGUAGUGCACACGAACGAAAAGUUCAUCCUAGUCUCCUGUCGCCUGGACACAGCAAGCAUGUUUGAUGGCGUCGGUCUUGGAGCAAUGGAUUCCCUCAUGGGCUUUGCUGUUUUUACCCAGGUGGCGUAUCUUUUGCGACAGCUUUUACCACCCCAAAGCUCUUUGCCCGAUUCCCUGCGAAAUGUUCUGUUUGUGACUUUCAAUGGCGAGUCCUACGACUACAUCGGAUCUCAGAGAUUUGUUUAUGAUAUGGAGAAUUUCUCAUUUCCACCCGAAUCCGCUGGCAGUCCUCCAAUAGCAUUUGACAAUAUUGAGUUUAUGCUGGACAUUGGCACCCUGGAUGACAUAGCUAACAUUAAGCUGCAUGCGCUGUCUGGAACACCAUUGGCUCAGAAAAUUCUAGAGAAACUCAAUAACUAUGCUAAAUCGCCACGGUACGGCUUCAAUCUAAACAUCCAGUCUGAGGUGGGCGCCCACUUACCUCCCACAUCAGCACAAUCAUUCCUGCGAAAUGAUCCAAAGUUCCAGGCUCUUAUUCUAAACGCAAGGCCAACCAACAAGUAUUAUCACUCAAUCUACGAUGAUCUGGUCAAUGUAAAUUUCACGUAUGCCAACACAAGCAAGGAUUUCACCCAGCUCGCGGAAGUGAAUGACUUUAAGAGCCUUAAGGCAGACUCACUGCAAAUGAAAGUUCGCAAUGUUUCCUCUAUUUUGGCCAUGACGCUCUAUCAGGAGCUUACUGGAAAAGAGUACACGGGCACCAAGGUGGCAAAUCCUUUGCUGGCAGAUGAGUUCCUUUAUUGUUUCCUGCAGUCAGCAGACUGUCCUCUUUUCAAAGCCUCGUCUUAUCCGGGCAGUCAAUUGACUAAUUUGCCUCCAAUGCGCUACAUAAGUGUCUUGGGCGGAUCUCAAGAGUCAUCCGGGUAUACCUACAGAAUACUGGGCUUUCUGCUGUCACAACUCCAAGCGGACAUUCCCAGAGAAAACUGCACCGUACUGCCGUUACACUUUUUUGCCGGCUUCAACAACAUAGGAGAGUGUCGACUUACCACGCAGAACUACAGCCACGCCCUGAGUCCAGCUUUUCUUAUCGAUGGCUACGAUUGGAGUUCCGGGCAGUACUCGACAUGGACUGAAUCAACCUGGUCCCAGUUCAGUGCUCGCAUUUUCCUCCGUCCGUCCAGCGUGCACCAGAUCACAACUCUCAGCGUCGGCAUAGUGGUGCUCAUCAUCUCAUUCUGCCUGGUGUAUAUUAUUAGCUCUCGAUCGGAAGUCCUCUUCGAGGAUUUGCCGGCAAGCAAUGCCGCAUUGUUUGGUUGAUGUCACAACUGCCACAGCGACGAUAUCAUCGCGUUCAGCUGCUCAUUCCACAGAUUUCUGCAUGCAUAAACGUUUUAAAAAUAUUAGUAGUAUACAGUUCGAUUCAACUCUGAUUUAUGCGUGCCCUUUUAGGUUGCCGCGGCCGACGGCCUGUUAGUCAGUGGAAGUCUCCAAGAAAAUCUGAGCCCGUGCCGGAGUUAUUUGACAGCUGAACAAAAUCUAAAAUACAGACUUAACAAAAAGACACUAAAAUGAUAUUCUAACUCGUAUUGUUUAAACCAUUAAGCAAACCUUUAUUUGUAUGUAUUUUUGUAUUUUAAACAAGUAAAUUAGCCUCUAGCGACUGUGUUGUAUUA